AUGCUUUAUAACUACUUGUUCACUUACGUCUACUACCUAACAUAUCUUUGUUUAUGCUCGCUUGUUCAGGGCCAUGUAAGUAUGGUUUUUACAAUCCAUCUUAUUUUUUCUGAUGCAUCAUUUAAUUCGUUUGCGUUAUAGAAUGACAUAUUUUCCCGUAACGAAAAGAGAUUUCAUAAUUUUUUGACGGCCUCGAGGUCAGAGCAUAUCCAUAGGUAAAGUAAUUUAUUUGUACCUUUAUUCGAUGCUUUUAGACCCAAAUCCAAACGGCAAAUCAAUCAUUUUCGGGAUACGAAAUUCGAUCCGGAUUAUGCGCCCAAUGACCUGUGCGAACCCUGGAAUUCGGGAUCCCAAACCAACGAUUUGAAUUGGUAAUUGCAAAGGUUCAUACGAUUUUAAAUAAUUAAGGAGUGAACCAGCCGAUCGAUUGUUCAAAUUGAUCUCAAGCAGCAAUGGAUAUAACCUAUUUAUGCCGCCAGGGCAACAUCAAGGUAAUCACAAGCAAAUGAAAAGUAAACUGUCUGAUCCUCUUCUCAGGAAAGACCACCAAUUUAUCUGUGGCUUUGUACAUAGAGUCAAUGAGCUCAGUAAAAGCUCAGACUAUGGAUUUCGAAGUGGAUUGUUACCUAGCCAUGGGAUGGUACGACCGUCGAUUGUCUCACAACUGCACCCAUCCUAUUCUAAUUACUCACAAACAUGUCGCCGAUGAACUCUGGAACCCCGAUCUGUAUUACGUAAACGCUAAAUACGCAUAUCUGCAAGAAGUUACUACCCCCAACUUUAUGAUGUUUGUCUAUCCAGAUGGGCUGGUCUUCAAAUCGAUGAGGACUGUGGUUACUUUAUCCUGCAUGGUCGAUCUUCAGUUCUUCCCCAUGGAUAAACAAAGUUGCCCUUUAACCAUUCAGAGUUGUAAGUCUCCAUUAACAGCUCCGUAUGUCUAGAUGCUUACAUCGAGAACUUACUCAACUUAUCUUGGCAUGUUGACUAUCCAUAUUAUCCGAUUGCGAGUAAUGAGGGCCUUAAAUUGAAUGACAUGGAGAUCACCAACAUCACCUUUUCUAAGUGCUCGGUUCCUUAUGCUAUGUUCAGAGGGACCGGUAAGUGUUGUAAUACAAAUUUAGACUCAUAACAUUGCAGCAAAUUUUAUAAUUUUUAGGAAAUUGGUCUUGUAUUCGCGCAGUAAUCGAGAUGAAAAGGUUAAUGUUAUACCAUGUUGUGCAGACCUAUAUUCCCUCGGGUAAUGUUUUAUAAUAAUGAUUAAACACAUUUGGAUUCAGCCAUGUUGGUGUCCAUUUCCUGGAUGACAUUUUUCUUACCUCCACGAGCAUCUCCCGCUCGGAUUUCAUUAACGAUUACCAGUUUACUAACCUUAACAACAAUGUGUAAUGGAGCGAGACAAGAUCUGCCUCAGGCAGGUGGCAAAUCAUCGAAAUAAUCUUUUCAGGUCAGUUACAUCAGUGCCCUGGAUGUUUGGCAUUUUGCUUCGCAGGUAUGAUACAGUGCGGGUCAUAUUAUAACCUCACUUUAAAAAAUGAUUGUAACUUUUGUGGUAGUCAUUAGAAAUGUGUCAUAUUUAGCACUAAUAUGAGUAAAAAUGAUGUGCGAAAAAUUCCGUAUUUUGGAAAAAAAUGGUACUUUACUUCGUCGCAAAAUUAUAACCGCACUCACGGGUUUCAUGAUAGCCUAAUUAAAACGCAGAAUUGCAAUAACUGAUGUUUAGUCACGCUUCCCACCAAAAUUUUGGUUUUUUCAGCUUUUUUCCAAAAUAAGGAAACUUUUCAAAAUAUUUUUAGCACGUCGUUUCUAGUACACUGAGGCGUAUUAGUGCUAAAUAUAUAUGAGACAUUUCUAUUGACAAUCACAAAAAGUUUCAGGCAUUAAUCUUUCUCGUCCUGCUCGAGUAUUCGUUUGUGAGUUAUUACAUGACCAGAGGCACAAAUCAUUGCAAACAUAAGAACUCUGAUGACACCAGCAGACAUCUAAAUAUCAGACCUUCGCCUUCUUUUCCACAAGAAGAUCUUCGAAUUCGAUUAUUGAAUAAUAAUGCCCAUGCAAGUGUGAAUGAAUACCCCUCCAAAAGACAUGAGUCUCUGGCCAAUCCAAUCGGAGGUGUGGCCAGGUUAAGAAGGACCCAUUCCAUGGAUCGAAACUCCCUGGGGACCAGAAAGUCUUUUUCUGUAGCCACGGGAGUCGAACAAUGCGUAAAUCACUCGGCGGUGAGUAAUUUAGAAUACAUUCAAGAUCAUUGCACCUGCUUGUUGCCAAAAUUAAGUUCAUCCCGCACUCUGAUGCUUAGAACCUAAGUUAUGCAAUAAUGUAUAUAUCUGCUGUUCAAGGUCAUCUUUUUUUACUUCUUUGUUAUGUUGAUGUUUGCUUUUUGACAGAUGUUUUGUCGCUUGGCUGCUAUUCAGCAACAACAGAAGAGACUGAUGAUCGAAUUCCAGCAACAGCGACAGAGUGUAUUCGAUAUCGAGCAUGACACCGCCGUAAGUCCGGCUUGUAGUUGCUUUUGUUAUGCACUAGAUUACCGUAAGAUUACUGUGACGAUCUUUUAUUGUUUUAGGAAUUAUUCGCAACUCAUUGUAAUGUCUCUAUGGACAGUAUCAUGGAGAUCGGAAGACCAUGUACCAGAUGUCAGCUAGAGAAUGAAGGAAUAGCCAGGAAGAUCGAUGCUUGUGAGUAAUUGGAUCCGCAAUUGUUUUUUCAGACAUAAUUAUUAUAUUUAUAUUAUGGUAUAUCCUAUGUCAUAUUACCAAUUAUCUUUCUUUAUUUCCAGAUAGCCGUAUCGCAUUUCCCUCUGUAUUUUUUUCUUUUACACUUAUUUACUGGUUCUACUACGGCUACUACACGAGAGCCGGCUAA